GUUGGACUGGAUAUGGUCGACUUGUGCGGCCUACAUCUCCUACCUCCUCGGCUGCUGAAGAGAGAGCUGACUUUCUCCAGUCAUUCCAGUGGCCGUCUUCAGCGGAGCACCAUCCUCCUCAGUACAUCGACAAUCUGCAGAAAACAGAAAAAUGGCUGAUGAGUCCUAUGGAAAGGAAUUGCCGGAAGAGGUGAAUAAAUUAGCCAAAGAGGAUCUUCGAGAGGAUGACUUGCUGAAGAAGCAAUCCUUGGACAGGAUGCGGGAAUGGUUAGCCAAGAGUUCGGAAAUAAAGUUUUGUAGAGACGAUGCUCCGUUCUUAUUGCGUUUCCUUCGCAGUCGCAAAUACAGUAUACCCCAAGCACAAGAAAUGCUAGAAAGAUAUCUCGCCAUCCGUCAACUUUAUGGAGAAUGGUUUCAACAGUUAGAUCCAGUAGAUCCCAAAAUGUCAGCACUCAUAGACUCGGGAUAUUGCUUCCCGUUGAUUGAAAAAGACGAGUUUGGACGCAGAGUAAUCUUCACGGCGGUAGGAAACUUCAAAGCGACAGAGUUUACAGCUGCGGAUAUGGUCAGAUACCAUGCAAUGGUAAUAGAGAGUCUCCUGGAUGAGGAAGAGUCACAAGUAACUGGGUACACCCAGAUCUAUGAUGAGAAUGGUUUAAGCAUGGCCCAUUUAGCAAUUUGGUCCCUUACAGACAUUAGAAAUAUCAUAAGGUGUAUACAGAACUCCCUUCCGAUGCGCCACAAGAGUUCACACUUCCUUAGCCUCCCCUCUUCGGCAAACACUAUAUUCGAAUUUUUUACAUCACUACUCAAUGAGAAAUUGAAAAAGCGAAUUAUGAUUCACAAAUCCGUCGAAGAUCUACAUCAGCAUAUCAAGAAGGAAAUUCUACCCAAAGAAUAUGGUGGUACCGUAAGCAUCUCAGACAUGACAAAAAAAUUCAGGCAGGAUUUAAUGGAGAAAAGACAAAAACUUAUCGAUUUGGACAAACUAGAAAUUGAUUUGUCGAAGAAAGAAAAACUGGUUCAGGAUUUUCACGAUGAUAUGGCAGGCAUAGCAGGAUCAUUCAGGCAACUGCAAGUGGAUUGAUUGAUCUAAGCUACAUAUUUAAAUACAUAAUUAUCUGUGGUCAUGUGCUUGCAUUCAUUAUAUGCAUGGGUGAGUGUGUAUGUGUAAAUGACCACGAUGAAAGUUUCAUGGUUGUCGGGUCCUAAUAACAUCACCAUGAUGUUUUUUCCAAAGAUAUGUCACAUAGCUAAUUAUUGUAAGUUGCAUUGUUAGUGAUAUUAUAAUUAUUACUUGAUUAAAUUAUUACCGUAAUGUAAUAACAAUGAUAAAUAAUAUUCAACUUUUUUAAGUACUUCUGAUGUUAUCUUUACGGUAGUUUAAUUUAAUUCAAAAUCUACAUCUUAUUUAAACAUUUUUUUAUAAAUAAAACAUCCAUUUAUAGAAUCCC